AUGUUAUCUUGGGCAAGGGCAUCAGGCCUAUGCCAUGGAUGUCGGCAGGACCUUCAAAACAUCUUUGAAAGAGGAUUUUGCGGACCCGUUGUCAAUUUGAAGACUCGAACUGCGCCCUGUCAAUGGCGCAGAACUGUCAAAUCCCGACAACAAUUCAGAUCCUACACAAGGAGCUCCAUUGCCUUCGAACGGCCACCCCCUCCAGAGUACCAAGGACGAGAUACGCCGUAUGAAAUUGAACCGGUUUCUGAGGCUGACACGAUCCAAGACCAGUUGGAAGCACUGCAAGAGUUGGAGAAAGCCUUGGGUCGAUCUAUCGAGGAAGCAAUCGAACAGGAUCAAGUAUUGGGCAAAGAAUCGAAUGAUUUCGACCCAGAUGAAGAACUAAGCCUUGAAAACAAUUAUGAAAACAUUGUUCGGGGGACGAAAAAUGUGUUGGCAGACUUACGAGCACUUGGGGUGUCUGAAGAAGAGCUCGUCAGAAAGGCCAGAAAACUGUACGGUGACCGGCUGCCUGCUGGUGUGCUCAAUGAAGAUGAAUUCAAGAUCUACAGGCGACUGUACGGAGACCCUAUCUCCACGGCGUACGAAGAAUUCCUUGAUGAAGAGGAGGCUACCGAUGUGGACGAAGAGGUACCCAACCAACUUUUGACCCAAGAAGGAGAGCCUGUUGACCUCGAGGAGGUAUCAGAAGCUGUCGCAGAGAACGAGGAUGUUUUGGGAGACACAAGGUCUAAUAUGCAACGACCGACACCUGCACACGGCGACAUCGGCAUCGACUUUGGACCCCGUGAUUCAAUCUCGGCCCUCCUGUCUUCUCCUGUGGACAGAGCGAUAGAGGUCGCUCGAACGGUGGACGGUGAAGUCGUUGAAGAUGUCGAUCAAGAAGAUUCGAGUAUGAAGAGACACCCAUUCACCACGCUUGGAAAAUUCUCUACCAAACCCAGCACUGUUUUUCUCUCUCAAGACGGCUAUAUGCGUCCAGUACAAAAAAUCAUGAGCAAUUUCUCCAACAAACAUCUAAAGGACGUGUGCGAGAAAACCUUUGGUGGACCUGGACUUCCUGAUUCUCCAUUGACGCCCAGAUCGGGGCGGGCAAGACCGCAAAUUCCUAUCCCGCUUGAUGCUUCUCAACAUAUAAUGGGUGAAAUGGAGGCGAAUGCUUUUAUUACUACCGUCAUGCCCCCUACUUACGCGGCCAUCAUGUCGGUCUUGGUGGAAACCCGCAAGCGAUUGGGAACAACGUGGCUGAAUAAACUAUUUGCCGAGGAAGGCGGUCCUCGUAUACUGGAUGUUGGAGCAGGAGGAGCAGGUAUUCUUGCCUGGCGUGAAAUCGUCAAGGCUCAUUGGGAUACCCUGCACUCUUCUGAUCGCCACCCUCCAUCUCCUCCCACGUCCAAGUCGGUGGUUCUGACGGGUUCAAAUACGUUGAGACGUCGAGCAGCGGCACUUUUAGAGAACACAACAUUCAUCCCGCGACUCCCCGACUAUGUUCACACUCGCGAUACACCCACUUUAGAAGAUGAUCGUCCAGCACCACCACGGAAACAAUUCGAUGUGAUCAUUGCGUCGCAUUCUCUUUUCGGACUACAUGAAGACUGGAUGAGGAAGCAGCACGUUCAAAAUUUAUGGUCUAUGCUCAGUCCUCAGGGAGGAGUAUUGAUCUUGAUCGAGAAAGGCGUUCCUCGUGGAUUUGAGGCAAUUGCCGGUGCCCGAGAACUCAUUCUGGAAAGAUACAUUGCAAUCCCAGAAGGAAGAACAACUGGCUAUAGCACCACCCAUGAAAAUGAAGACAUUCACACCCGAGAGACCGGUAUGAUAGUCGCCCCUUGCACAAAUCAUGAAAAGUGCCCAAUGUACAAAGUUCCUGGUUUAUCAGUGGGUCGCAAGGAUUAUUGCAGCUUUCAGCAAAGAUACACCCGUCCCGGCUAUCUUCAGCGGGUCCUUGGUGCAAAAGAUCGUAACCACGACGACGUGGACUUCUCGUACAUCUCGGUCAUGAGAGGAGAAGAUCUUCGUCAGCGUCAAGUUGAAUCAUGGCAAGGCCUCGAAGAUGGGCUUUCUGCACCUGUCCACCCCGAUCUGCAAGUUUUGGGCCAAGACUACGAUGCCUGGGCGAGCCUUUGCCAAACAGGAUUCGACGACAUCAACCCUGACACCACUCUCAGUCAAUCUCUGUCUGAUGACAUGCCUCGUUCAACUCUACCUGCACCUUGGAAUCUUCCUCGCCUCGUCUUUACUCCCAUAAAACGUCGCGGCCACGUCAUUCUCGAUGUCUGUACGCCCGCAGGCCAAAUUGAGCGAUGGACCGUUCCCAAAUCGUUUGGCAAGCAGGCUUACCGGGACGCGCGCAAAUCGCAAUGGGGUGAUUUAUGGGCACUAGGAGCCAAAACCCGUAUCCCUCGGAGCUUGCGGCUUGGUGGACCCAAUACGAAGGAGGCAAGGCACGCCAGAAGCCGUGAGGAAAGACUGAAGAAUCAAGCGGCGGAAAUGGCGGAGCAAAUGGAAAUGGAGAAGCUCGAAGAACUUGAAGAAGAACGGGAACUUGAGAGAGCAUUCGGUAUGGAUGACCAUAACUUUGCCGAUGAGCUUGAGGCGUUAGGCAAGAAGGCCCAAGAGGUCUCAAAAUCCAAAUACAAGCCGCCCACAAAGGUGAAGCCGAGGACCAAUGAAAAUUCAGCAGCAUCCAGUGGAGGCGGGGCGGGAAUCCAAUCCUUCACAUUCAGCGACUUUGACGAGAGCAAACUCAAUCCCAUGCCGCCUUCGAAAGCGAAAGCACAAGCUCGAAUGGAAGCCCGACAAUCAGCACAACCGUCUAAGAAAGCAAACACGCGCUCCCACUCAGCCUUUGAGGCGGAAGCUUCUGGGUACGAAGGCCUGACGGAUGAGGAAUCAGACACAUUGAGGGACUGGGAAGAUGUACUCACCGAUCCGGAGACGAAAAUCAAGACCAAAGGGGGACGGACGAUAAGAGAGUAUUCAAAGUUUGGCGCUCGUGACCGAUUGGGUAGAAUGAAAAAGGUCGGUAAGGUUCCUCGGGUCGGAAGAAGACGAGCACGCGGGAGGUCAGGCUUGUGA